AGCAUUCUUCCUAGCAUACAGGAACUUUAUAUGCGCUUGCUAUUCAAAAUAGUCUCAAACCUUAAACCAUAGACUUUGUUUACGCUUUGACACUUGGAUCAUUCCGAAAUAAGAAAGAAAAGUUAGCCCAACAUGCCUUUGGGCAUGAGCAACCAGGUUACUUUUCGCCAAGAAGACCCAAGUCAUAAGAAACAGGCUCAACAUGUAGACGGACCGUUGGCAGGGCUUGACUACUCACCUCUGCCACGAUUCACUGGGCGCUCCCUAGCUAUGGGAGCCCUGGUUUCGAUGGGAGGCCUUAUCUUUGGGUAUGACACUGGUCAAAUUUCCGGGUUCCUAGAAAUGCCUGAUUUCCUGCGGCGUUUUGGAGAACUCCAAGCUGAUGGAUCCUACGGCUUCAGCAACGUCAGAUCGGGUCUCAUCGUUGGUCUGCUAUCAAUAGGUACAUUGUUAGGUGCACUUGUAGCAGCUCCCAUAUCUGACAGGAUUGGACGGCGCUGGUCCAUCAUCAUCUGGUGUUUCGUGGUGUCUAUUGGCUUUGUGAUCCAAGUUGCUGCCGUGAAUGCUUGGGAGCAAAUCAUGGUGGGCAGAUUAGUCGCUGGUUUUGGUGUUGGUGCACUCAGUCUUUUGGUGCCGAUGUACCAAGCUGAGACCGCUCCUCCCUGGAUUCGUGGUGCUCUCGUCUGCGCUUACCAACUUUUCAUUACAAUGGGUAUUUUUCUAGCUGCUUGCUUCAACUACGGUACCUAUACACAUCAGACAAAUAGUUCGGCCUCGUGGCGUAUAGUCAUUGGCUUGGGGUGGCUUUGGACUAUUAUUCUUGGUGUUGGAAUGUUAGCGUUCAGCGAAACUCCUCGAUUCGAUUUCAGACGGGGCAGGAUUGAAGAGGCGAAGAAGACUCUCAUGAGGGUCUACGGCGCCCCAGGAAACCACUAUGCAAUUCAUGUCCAGAUGGACGAAAUUGCGAGCAAAUUGCGCGAGGAGACUAUCGUUGAGGGAGGACCCAUCAAGCAGUUGAUCGCAACAUUCAAGGCACCACGCAUGGCUUACCGUAUCGCUCUUGGCAUGUUGCUCCAGAUGUUCCAGCAACUUACUGGUGCUAAUUACUUCUUCUACUAUGGAACGACCAUCUUUAACUCUGUACAAAUUAGCUCUUUUGUAACACAAAUGAUCUUAAACGCGAUCAACUUUGGUGUCACGUUUAUCGGUCUAUACAUCGUUGAGCAUUAUGGUCGUCGAAAGUCUUUGAUUACUGGCAGUAUUUGGAUGUUUAUUUGUUUCUUGAUUUUCGCAUCCGUUGGACAUUUUCUUCUCGAUCUUGAGACACCAAGCAACACUCCCACUGCCGGCAUUGUUCUAAUCGUGUUCGCCUGCCUAUUUAUCUUAGGUUAUGCGACGACCUGGGGCCCAAUGGUCUGGACGCUGAUCGCUGAGAUUUACCCAUCGCGAUACCGUGCCAAGGCUAUGGCGUUGGCUACUGCCAGCAACUGGCUUUGGAACUUCCUUAUCGCCUUCUUUACCCCCUUCAUUACUUCAGCCAUCGAUUUCCGAUAUGGUUACGUCUUUGCGGCCUGCAACCUUGUAGGCGGAGCCUUGGUUUAUUUCUUCGUCAUCGAGGGACAGGGACGGACUCUAGAAGAAAUCGACACUAUGUAUGUCGAGCAUAUUAACCCUCGUGCGUCGGCCAAAUGGAUAGCUCCUCCACCUGAGGAAAUGGCUAGAAUUAGAAAGGAGGCUGGAACCGAGCUGUCGGAUGAUGGUGCUCCUACAGGCGGAGUGCUCGGAGGCAAUCCGAACAAUGAUGUUGCUACAGGUCAAGUGCUAGGGAGCAGGUAAUGUAGCAUACUUCUCAGCGAAAAGUGUCUCAUUAAU